AUGAGGUUCAGAAGAUUGAGCUUCCCCUUUCUGCAUAUGUUUUCUGGAAGUGGGCCUUCCAGGUUGUUAUUGGACGCGUCAAACUGCUCCAGGGCCGAACGCAGGCCCAAUUCUGCCGGCAGCUUUCCAGAGAAUCCGUUGCUAAACAGCAUCAAGUCGGAAAGCUUUCGAUUGAAGGCUAUAAUCUCCGGAACCUCCCCGGACAAAAAAUUAUUCCUCAAGUGGAAAGACUCAACCUGCAGGGCCGCCAGGCUGGCGGGAAUUUUCCCCGUCAAGCCAUUUUGGGAGAAGUCAAAUCGGAGGAGGGACGUGAGGUUUGAAAACGUGUCGGGAAUUUCGCCCGACAGCUGCUCGAUCUGGACUGCAUUCGCCAUGCCACCAAUGGUUGCAGGGAUCUUCCCCUGUAACCCGUUUUGCGACACGUCGAAAUUUUUUACGGAUCUGAGGUUUCCGAUUGAGUCGGGGAUUUCCCCGACGAGGUUGGAAGAAGCGGCCUGUAAAUCCUCGAGGUUCGCCAGCUGGCCGAUGCCAGCUGGCAAGCGGCUGGGGAGUCUCGGGACGUUGGCUAUGGUGGGCGGGAUUUCCCCAGAGAAGUUGUUAGAGGAGAGAUCCAAAAUUCUUGCCGACGAAUUCGUUAAUGGAGAGGUUGAGGGAGAUGAGAUUCGAGCAUUUGGAGAUGGAGUGGAAGUCGAGUCCGGGGCCGAAAUAGUUGUUUGA